GUCGGAUUGGAUAUUAAGUAUGUACCUGGUUUAACACUUUCGGGCAAUGUCAGAGCUGCAGGCAGGCACCCGAUUGCCCCCGCACAUUUAAAGAUUGCAAGUGGUGCAAUAUUCCGUUGACGGUUUAAGGACAUGCACACGAUCUCCGAUCUUUCGACACUCAUCUUCCGGAUUGACUUGGAUUGGUCAAUAAAGUCGUGAAACAGAGAAGGACAUGGAAAUAGAGGAAAUACGGAUAUUUCUAGCCAGGCGGCUUUUUGUGUCCAAUCGUUUGGUCCUGGAGCAAUCUCCGAGUUUGAGCACACCAGCUCCUCAUUCCAUUUAUUUGCAGGAAGACAAGGAUGGGUCGCACAUUGCCACCUCUCCCAUGCAUAUCUGGUCGAAUUAGGGAUCAGGUCUCAAUUCACUGACCGGGUAAGUGAGCUGGUAAGCUGGUAGAUCACUUACAGAAACUCAUACUGCGAAAGGAAUCCGAUUGCAGUCACUCGCCUAGGAACAACCCGACUUUUAACCCACAAAUCUCCCUGUAUGCGAUGCAGGAUUGGCCAAUCGACCUAGUAUAUAUCUCUAGAUCAACACAUAUCAAAUCAACUUCGGGAUUUAGGCCAGCCCAAUCUUUGGCCACUCCCUUGCCUCCAUACAUAUUGCCACGUUCUCGAUGAAUGUUUAUCGCUUCACUUCUAUAAAACAUUUGGCCACAAAACCAUGGAAGCCAGUUUAAUUCAAUAUCAAAAACGACACGCCGCAGAGAAAACGAAAAACAACAACGCACAGCGCAGAGAAACCAUGGCUUCAGGUUUCUCGGCCGAGCAACUGCUUGCUUUGGACGACCAAAGUCUUGCUCAAUACCUGAUGAACAACUGGGGCCCUCGUCAAGUGCUUGAUAUCGGAGCCAUUGUUGACUGGAGUACAACACCUGAGCCCCUGCAGGUUGAACUGAUCCAGAGAUUCAAAUUCGUUCGUCCCCUCGCCAAGGCCGCACAGCCUAUCGACUACAACGAACUUGUGGCCAAGCUGGAGGCUAUAUCCCGCGCCGAGAUGGAGCCUCCGCUCUGGGACGACGUCUCGUUCCUACAACCCACCACCACACAGCCCACGACGGGCGGCGGCGGUGGUGGGGUUCUAACAGCACCAGGGGCCAGUCGCGGAGGCAAGAGACAUCAGAGUCGCUGCUACCAUGCCCUUGUCGCCGACGGCGGCCGCCCGCCCUGUCCGCUGGAUCUCCUGGGGAACGUCUACCGGCAGCCGGCCGAGCACCUCGAGCUGAUGAAGCCCUGGCUGGGCGACCCGGUCUUCUUCACAGGCAGCGCGGACGAGCUCGGCGUCUUCUCACGCCCCCUUCAGCGCUGGCGCCAGUUUCGGCGCUGGCAGGCCGACAACCGCGGCGUCGUCCUGCCUGACGACGAUCGGGACCUGGCUGCCUUUCGCGAGGCGGAGGGUCUCGGGGCUGAUCGCAUCAGAGAGCAGGCAGCGGCCGAAGUGGCGGAUCCAAGGAACGACGACGGCGACGACGGACAACUCGAGGCCCGCUGGCGCGCACGCAGCGACCGCCGCCGUUGGGAGCGCGAAAUCUGCAGGGAGGUCGGGUCGUUUGCCGACGGCGGCUUCGACGACUACGUAGAAGCGGUGCGGCGCCGUCUGCGCGCCCACGGCUUCACGCACCACUUCCAGCUGCUCCGCGACGCGGCCGUCCAGGAGGCCCCGGACACGUGGGCCGAGUACCUCGGGUUCGAGUGCUGGUGGCUCGACUGGCGCGACGCCGAGCUGCGGCGCCACAGGGCCCAGUGCGACGCGACCUGGGCGGAGCUCCAGCGAGCCGGGGUCCUGCGGGAUGGGGAGACGGAUGUUGACGUUCUCGUCUGCGUGGAGGCUGCUCGGAGGCAGAGGAUGAGGUGGUGGGGCCCAGUCGAGUUGCCGUUCGUGGCUGGUGUUGGGGCGGGCGGCGAGCGCGGAAGGCGCCAGCAGCAGGAGGAGACGGGAGGGGAUGCGGGUGGCAGUAGUAGCCGGCAGAGUGCGGCUGGGCUGCGCGAGGACCUCACGACCCAGUUCUGUCGAGACAGCGAGGCCAGACGAAGCGCCGAGGCGCGGAGGUCCAGCCAGGUCCUGCUGCUCGCCUGGGCCCGGAGCCAAAUGGCGGAGGUGAUGGAGGAGGCGAAAAGGAAGAUGAGCGGUGCUGGGGUAUGCGGCGAUGAUGGUGAUGAUAAUGGGGGGAAUAGUGAGGAGGAUGGCAGCAGCCCCGAGGAGCGCAUGGCCGAGAGCCACUCCUUACGGUACGGGCACGUGUACUGCGGGACGGAGGAGGAGCGAGAGCGGUUGCGGCGGGAGAUCGAGGAAAAGAUCAUGGUGGCGCGGCACAGGGCGCUGCUGCAGAUACACAUCAUCACGGCAGAACUCGAGCGCCAGACAAGGAAAGAGGAUCCGAGAAGAGAGAAGGCAGAAGCGGAAAGGUGAGAGAGGCUGAGAGGGGAGACAAAGGGCAAAACCAGGUAAAGGGAAAAGGGAUAGGUUCCAUGAUGGA